AGAACGGAACGCAUCUUCAUAUUGAAUCACAUCCAAACUAUUUCCUUAGUGCAACGCACUUUCUCUUGUCCUUCGGCAUACUUGAAUGCCUGUGAGCCACUUCUAAGCGAUGUAAUUUCAGAUCGGAUAAUCCUUUUAAAAAUUUGGGGUGCGGGCAUUUAUUUUGCACAAUCAUGUCUUAAUGGUUUUUUUUUUGUUAUUUUUUUCCCAUUGCCCCAUUCGGUUGAUCUAAAUUUUCUGCACCAGUUACAGCAUGACAACAUAUGCGUCUGGUACGUGUGCGAAGGGUGAAUAGACGAGUUCUGUUUCUCCACGGUGCUAUCUAAGAGGAUCUCAGUGGGGUUAACCGAUAACUGUAAAACGGCCGAACAUGUCAUGUGCCCUGAGGAGCAACAAAAUUUCCGUGAAUUUUAACUUUCGCGUGGAUGACCUCCCUGACAAUGAUACUGUCUGGCCCCACCCAUCUAUCGGGUCAUACCUAAAACCACUUUGCACUUUGCUCAUCUCUGACCAUUUGGGAGUGGGGGAGGGGCUAACAGGUUGAGAUUCCACCGAGCACCCAAUGAUGUUUGACUUGUCUUCUUUUCCUUUGUCAUUUACACCCCCCUUUCACUUUCAAUUAAAUAUUAUUCACUCACGUUUCUAUUGUUUUUGCAAUAUCAUAUUUCCUGGCUCCUUCCCUUUAUGCUUUCAAGUUUCUAUUACUAUUUAGACACUAGUGGUCACCUCAGUUCCAGUUUCAAUGGUUCAUUUUGCCUCUCAUACCAGUGUGCUAAUAUACUUUUAGUUUUACUCCUUUAUGAUUCUUUGUCUACCUGUUAAACAGAUUCCAGAAGUGGUUGGUCAUUCACUUCAAAUGCGUUCAUAUUUUCGCUCAUCAAUAAAGAAGGACUAGCACCUUUCAAAAGCAUGGUGAAGAGACCCUCAAACGCAAUUUACAGAGGCUCAAGUUAUGGUCCGUUAUUUGGAUCAGGGAACGACAUAAGGAUUGCUGAUAAUGCAAAUAGUAACACUAAUUCAUACACGUCGUUUGGGGACUCCUACUCAGUACCCAGUGGAGUAAAGGACAGAUACACAAUCCUGGCUGGAACUCAAAAGUUUUCCCCUGAUGAGGUAGAGGUGUUUUACCGCAACUGA